AACAAAUCAAAAAGCGAUUGAGGAACCUGAGUUGAGGCGGAAGGUGUGAUUUCCGAGCCGCGGCGGGGCUCCUGAACGCCUCUGUGCAGAUGUUCCGAGGCGCUGCUCUGAAGUUUAAACUCCUGGGAGCGUCUGACAAGAAGGAGGCUCCGUUUGACAAUAUUCACCAGAAAUUAGAUGUGAAGCGUCUCUCAAGUGUCUUUACAACUCCGGCACGAUGGAGGCGUGUACGGUGAAGCCACAAGUCAAGAAGAAACCAAAGCCGCCCAAACCUCCUCCAAAGCCUGCAGAGGUCAAAAGAAAUGACACAGAGAACCCAGUACCUGUGGUUCCCCCAAGACCGACAAAUGCUGAACGGAGUCAGACGCAGUACAGAGUAAAGAGUUCAGCAGCUGCAAACACAGGGACAAAUGAGAACGUGAAGCAACGAGAACCAAAAGAGAAACUGCCUGAAACUCCCGUGGUUCCACCCAGACCAACAGAAAAGGAACUGAACAACGCAACCAGAUACAGCCAGCGCAGGAGGGUCCAGACUGAGGACACGCAGAGCUCCAGAGAAACUGACCAACCAGAAGCUGCCGAAGUUCCCAGCGAUGAAGCCGACUUCAAACAGAGUAAUCAGUCGGUCCUGACUGGCAUGUUUCGACGGAGCCACAAAGAGAAAGCGCCGACGUUCACUAGUUACAUGAUCCACUCCUUUGACGAAGAGGAGAAAACCGACGAGGUCCCAGCCAAACAGGCUCCUGGAAGCAAACCGAGCGUUCUGAAGGGAGUGAUGAAAGGAUUACAGAUCAAGUCAUCACCAAAGGCCAGCAGAGAACCAAGUCCAGAUCCCAGUGCAGAGGAAGGAGGCUCAGAAAAGGAACAAUCUGCAGAAAAAAACAAGCAGGAGAAGAAUGCAGAAGCCAAACAGGAUAAAGGAGGUCUACUCGCUGGAAUGUUCCGGAAAACCCCCAAAGAGAAAUCCUCUUCCUCGACAGCGGCGGUCAGCAAAGCAGACAGUGAUACCGAGGAGGCAGAAGACGAGGAGAAAACAUCAGAACAAUCCCACGAAAAGGGAGGCUUCUUCUCUGGCAUUCUUAAGAAAUCCAGCAAACAUGCAGAUGAGACGUCUGCACAGGAGAAUCUGAGCGCUCAUAGUGAACUAUCUGCCAGCAACGACAGUCUGUCGGAAAACAAGGAAAAAGGAAAAAUAUUCGGUGGCAUUUUCAAGAAGUCGAAACCAGCAGAAGCCGCUCAAACCGAUGAGGACCAGACGUCUCUGCACGGAGACCUGUCCGGCAGUAAUGAUAAUCUGAUUGAAGCUCCCACAAAGGAGAAAGGGUUUUUCAGCGGGAUCCUUCGCAAAUCUCCCAAGCUGCCUGGAGAGGGGACGCCUGGGCAGGAUAAAGAGUCGCAGCAGAGCGACCUGUCGGCCAGCAGUGAGAGUCUGUCAGAGAACAACACAAAAGAGAAAGGAAAUGUUUUCAGUGCGAUGUUUAAGAAAUCUCCAAAACUGUCUGAAGGCUCACGGCUGGAAGAGGGUGCAGAGCCGUUGCACGGUGAGCUCUCUGCCAGCAGUGACAGUCUCGCGGAGAACAAGGAGAAAGGCGGUUUGUUCAGUGGACUCCUCAGGAAGACUCCGAAAACAACCGGAGAGGAGAAUCUGUCGGCACAUAAAGAUGUUUCAGGCAGCAGCGACAGUCUGUCUGAGGCGGCCAACACAAAGGAGAAAGGAGGCGCGUUCAGUGGAAUGUUCAAGAAGUCGUCCAAACUUACAGAAAGUCCUCCAACAGAUGAGGGUGAAGAACCUCAGAAAGAGCUGUCGGCCAGCAAUGAUGACCUGUCCGAGAAUAGCAGCACUAAGGAGAAAAACAUUUUCAGCAACAUGUUUAAGAAGAAACCAGCAGAGAGCGUCACAGCAGAGAAGGAGUUGGAGGGAAAACCUGACAAUCAGUUAUCUGGCAGCAGCGAGAAUCUGACCGACGCAACCACCCGGAAGGAGAAAAAAGGAGGCCUGGCUGGAAUAUUCAAAAGGUCUGCCAGCAUCGACAACCUGUUUGACGAGGAGAAAGGUGGGCUGUUCAGCGGACUUCUCAAGAAAACACCCAAAGCAUCAGGAGACGAGGAAGCUGCAGAGGAGAAAGACUCUCAGAAGGAGCUGUCAGCAAGCAACGACAGUUUGGCUGAAAACAGCAACACCAAGGAAAAAGGAGGAAUAUUUGGUGGAAUAUUCAAGAAGCCUCAAAAACCUGCAGAAGCUGCUCAAUCUGACGAGGACGGCGAGAUCUCAGCCAGCAACCAGAACCAGCCACAGGAGAAAGGUGGGCUGUUCAGCGGACUUCUCAAGAAAACACCCAAAGCAUCAGGAGACGAGGAAGCUGCAGAGGAGAAAGACUCUCAGAAGGAGCUGUCAGCAAGCAACGACAGUUUGGCUGAAAACAGCAACACCAAGGAGAAAAGUAUCUUCAGUGGGAUGUUUAAGAAAACUCAGAAACCAGCAGACGAGGAAUCAAACACCGGCGAGGACAAGAAACUAUCUGGCAGUUGUGAAAAUCUAUUGGAAGCAGCUGAAACAAAGGAGAAAACAGGAUUUGCAGGGAUCUUCAAAAAGUCUCCCAAACCAGCUCCACGCGCUGUUACUACUCAGGAUCCGCUCAGUGACUCGACGCUACUGUCAGCCAGCUGCGACAGCCUCACAGAGAUUGGAAAGGAGGAUGAAUUAUGGUCCAGUAACGAGAAUCUUUUAGAAGCUACAGGCACCACAAAGGAGAGAAAAGGCGGUUUAGCUGGGAGGUUCAAGAGGGCACCCAAAGCUGUGGAGCAGCAGGAAGGUGAAGACAUGGAGGCACCGGAGGGAGGCGGACUGAGACGCAGGAGAACCAUCAAGAAGAAAAGACGAGUUGUGUCAUUCCGAGUCAAGAAAACUCUUCCUAAAAUUCCCAAACUGAAUCUGGCUUCACAGAGUUCAGAUAAGAUGCCUGUGGUUGAAGAGUCUGUUGAGCUUCAGGAGCUGAACCCAGCGCAGGAGAGCACAGUGGAGGUUCAGCAGGUGGAGAUGGCAGCUUAUCCGACUGAAGAAAAUCCUGCCCAAACUGAGCAGGAACCUGAUGAACUGAUGGAGUGGUGGAACACAGUGAAAGGUUGGACGGAGUGGAACGAGAGUUCUAAUUUCCAGGCAGAGGAUGAAGAAACGGCGAUGGAGCAGGCGGCCGAUCGAGUCUACAUGGCCGCCCGUCUCUUUGUGCGUCUCUUCAACCAGCGCGGGGCGUCCUUACAGCAGCGCAUCCUGGAGCUUCUGGCUCUGGCCGACGCCGCCGAUCAGUUCCACAAGAAGACGGUGACAGCAGCUGUGGGCGGCGGCGUCGCCAGCGUUGCAGGCAGCGUGGCCACCAUCACCGGGCUCAUCCUGGCACCCUUCACAUUUGGCGCCUCCAUUAUCGUAACAGCCGUGGGCAUCAGUGUGGCGACGGCGGGCAGCAUCACGUCAGCGACGGCCAACAUCACAGACACGGUUCACUCCAACAUGGACCGAAAGAAGGUGGAGAAGAUGAUCCAGGACUACCAGGAUGAGAUCAAAGACAUCCGAGAGUGCAUGGAGUUCGUGCAGGAAGGUAUCGACACCCUGGAGGAGUGGGAUUUCAGCAAAUACUCCGAAAGUGCCGCCAAAAAGGCUCUGAACCACAACAUCAAACACGUGAUGAAGGAGGGCGGCCGAGCCGGGAAAGCCCUGAUGAUCAACACCGACAAGCUCAUCAGCACCGUGCAGGUUCUAGGAGCUGCAGGCGGCGUCGCCAAAGCCGCCCAGGCCAUCAGCGUCACCACGGGCGUCAUGUCGGCGCUCUUCUUGGCUCUGGACGUUUUCUUCCUCGCCAAAGACUCCCACAAACUCCGCAAAGGCGCCAAAACAAAAUUCGCCGCCAAGAUCAGAGAAGUUUGCAAAGACCUCCAAGACGGCCUCCUGGAGCUGAACAAGGUGAAGACGCAGCUGCAGAAGACGAUGGACGGCAUCGAGGUGGAGGAGUACGAGGAGAUCGAGGAGGUGGAGGUGGAGGUGGAGGACGACUUGGAGUCCGAUCCCAAGAAGCUGGCAGAGCUGGAGCAGGAGCUCGACCUCCUGGAAGAGAAACUGGACAAGAAGGUGGAGGAGGAGGAGCUGAAAAAUAGCAAAGAGGUGGAGAAGGAAAAUUUGAAAAGCAAGAAGGAGAAAAAAGAGAAGAAAGCUGAUAAAGAGGAAAAGAAGGACAAAGAGGAGACGACGGAUGAAGAGGACUCAAAGAAACCAGAAAAGGAGAAAGAAGUCAGCAAAUCAGAGAAGAUUAGCGACGAAGAAAAGGAGCCGAAACACGGGACAAGUGUCAAAACUUCCAAAGAGGAAGUUUUAAAAGAAGAACCUCAGAAAGGAAGCAAGAAAGACAAAGAAACCGAGAACAGAUUAACAGCUGGGAAAGAGAAACACGAGAGCAAGCGAGACCAGGUGAAAGAAGACACCGGUGCGAAUAAAACCGCAGACAGGAAGGAAAAAGAGAAAAAUAAGACUGGAAAAGAGCAGGAAGAAGUAAAGAGCAGAUCAGGGGACGACAGGAGAACACACCAUGAGAGCAGAGAAAGUGGAAGGAGAAGGAGCAGCAGGGAGGAGAAGCCUGAAGGGAAUAAAGAGGAGAGUACGAGGAGGCACAGCAGCAGGAGUGACAGAUACGAAACGAGAGACAGCGACAGGACGGAGAGCUGGAGGAGGAGAGGAGAGGAGGAGAGAGGAGUGAAGGACUGGAGAGCUGAGAUGGCAAGAAGCAGAGAGGAGAAACCAGAGAGUAAGCCAGCAGAUAGAGCGACGAGGAGAGAAGAUCACGGAAAAACGGCGUCGCAUCGAAGCCACGAGACGAACAGGGAGCCUUCAGACAGAGAGGGAUCGAAGAGGAGUCACCACAGGGGAGACGAGAGAGGAGGCAGCCGGGUGGAGAACGCCAGGAGGCAGUUUGAGAGGGCAGGAGGCGAGAAGGAGGAGGAGGAGGAGAAGAUGAGGAGAGAGGAUGGAGGGAGUCGGAGGAGGGAGAGACAGGGAAGCGACAGAGAUCGAGGACACGAACACAGCCGGCGCGGAUCUCGACCUCGAUCCAACGCUCUGAUGGAAGACGGACUCUACAUUUAGAUUUAACACCUUCCACGAUGACACCAACGUCAACAAAUGUGUUACCUCCAGUCCGGUGAAUCCUCUGCCUGGGAAUCGUCACAUUUUUAGGUUUCAUUUAGGUUUUUCGUUCUUUUAUUUAUAUGGGAAAGUCCUGCACUCUAACUUUAACUAAAUCACCUGAACUCUUCCUGAGAACAAAAUCCACUCACUGGUGUGUGUUUAGCUAGAAAACAAUGCUAAUGUUUGCUAUUAGGUUCAGUUUAUUGUUGAUUUUGGUGUUUUCAUGGGAUUUGCGUUAUUCGGGACUUUCGCACUGCCACCAUCAGGUCUGAAAUAAGACUUUGGACGCACAAUGUUUCUGCUGCUGUACAGGAACAAAUAAAUCAAAACAUGUCUCAUAAAUACCUCAAUUAAAAAGUAUCUGCUCAACAAAUUACUGAGGACAAAUACUGAAUAAACACUAAAUACACUUAAUCCAGGAAUACUGAAAGUGUAAUGAAUUACGGCACUUUGAAUCAUCGCUAAUGAUGCUAAUGGGUAAAUAUCAGCAUGCUAACCCAUUAAAUGAAAUGCAGACUAAUUGGUGAACAUGCUGAACAUUAUACCUGCUAAAUUUGAGCUUGUUAGCAUUGGUCAUGAGAGAAUGUUAGCGCGCUAAUAUUAGCAUUAAACUCAAAGCGCUACUGUCUGAAAUGACUCCUUCAUUUACCACUACUUUAUAAUGCACACUCAUGGUCCACAAGUGAAGCCAGUGCCGAAGUGACUUAGACCUGCAUUCUGUCUAGCAGCCAGCAGGGGGUGACUCCUGGUUGCAAAAAGAAGUCAAGAUUAUAUAUAACUCCUGUUUUCUCACUUCAUUUGUUACCUCAGUAAACACUUUCCUCAUAAGGUUCUGGUCUCAAAUGCUAGUUUUAAGUCUCUUUCAACACAGCACGAUGUUAAAUUUGUAAAUGAUAGUCCCAUUUAGAGUAAAGUAGAUGAUUAAAUAGGGAUAUUUUAAGGCGGGGCAACCGUGUGAUUGACAGGUUGCUACCAUAUCGUUGAAAGUUGUGGUAAAGAGAUAAACACUAGUUGUUUUUUUGUAUAGUGGAUAGAUAUACGCACUCUGAAAUGUCCGACGGUACAAGUAGCGCACUAUGCAGUAAAUAUGGAGUGAUCUCACACGCAGCAAUAUUAACGUUAACGGGUCCGUUCACCCAAAUCACAGGGAAAAAACAUGCAGAUUGUUUUAGUUGCAGGUUUUGAGAUGUCUCAAGAGAUUUCACAUGUCGACACAAAGCAGGUGGAUGGAUAAUUUUUUUGUUCCUCAUAGCUUCAAUAAACUGGUGUUUCAAGAAGCAGUCAGUCAGGAUAUGUGCAGCUUAUUCUCAUUAUUAAUGCUCUGAACUCCAAACAGCUUUUUUUUGUUUUGCUCCUUUCAAAUUUCUAAUCACUGUGGACUCAUUUUUACUGCAGUAUGAAGUCCUGCACAUCUGUGGAAACAACACAAGGAGAGAGAACUCGAAAGUGUUUUUUCAAGGAUAACAAAAUUAUGUCAUAAAUCAGAAAAAUGAAAGAUUUUUUAUUAUUGUUAUUGUUAUUAUUGUUAUUAUUUACCCCCCAAAAAAUGGAAUCGUCAUGUACAACAUUUUUCUUCAAGUACCUGUAAAACAUGGUGGCUCUGCAUCCUACAGAUAUUUUACUACUUACAUUUUUAUCUGUUUUAAUGCUCGUCUCUUAUCGUUUCUUGGAAAACACAGCCUGCAGUUCAGCCAACAAGUCCCUGAAUUCUUGUCAUAUGAUUGUCGGUAAGUGCUGAGUCACUCACGACUUCUCGAACAGGAAUUUUGUUUCAUGACAGAAUCUGUUUCGUGCCAACAGUUUAUUUCUGGGGAACUUUUACAUGAGAUGCGUGAAGUCAAUUCGAUACAAUAUCAAGUUUACAGUUUCUGGCUCUGAGAAAACUUAAUUUUUGCUACAGAAAAAUAAAGCUCCAGCGGGUUUCGGGGUUCAGAGGGUUAAUUUUACAAGAGAGUUUCUGUUUUUAAUGCUGUGAGCAGCACAAAUGAGAUUAACGUUCAGCUCCAGGCAACAGAAAUCUGCUCCACAGGCAAAUAAAACCAAACUACAGGAUGUGCAAGUUUUUCCGUAAUGCGGGCGAACCGCCUCCUUGAAAGUCUUGAUGUGCAGAUAUUUUUAUGUAACUCGAUCAACUUUAAAAUAAUUCUGAUGUUCUGAAAUGUGUUUGUGAGACAGUGUCUGUGACGGUGCAUUUCUUUAUAUAUGAUCAUCUGAGUUUCCAAAGUCAGACGGAUGGAUCUUCUUCCUUUCUCUGUUUUGUCGCUGAAUGUUUACUGCUGAAGAUUUGGUGACUUUGAUUUGUUUUCGCCAUAAACAACCAGCAGUUUUCCUGUAAAACACAGCGUGCAUUGCUGCUAUUGGCUCCUAACGUUAAUAUAUAUAUAUAUAUAUAUAUUUAAAUCCUUAGCAUAUGCAACAUGUUGCUCUACAUGGUGUCUGUUACUUCAUAUAUUAUUGGUGUUUCAGGGUAAAAAUAGCCAGAUUAUUGUGUGUUGUGUCGCCUCUAGACAUUUGUUUUUACUGUGAGAUGUUAUAUUUCAGGUGUUAAUAUUUAUAUAUAUAAUGAUUUCUGUUCUUAAAUCACCUGGUGCCUGUUUGUUUUUUUCUCUCAGGUUUAACAUGACAACAUGUUAAUGACACUUUAGUCUGAUGUUUUGUAUGUUCUAUGUUUUUAUACGCUCUUUUCUACGGUGCUGGUUUCUUAUCGAACAAAUAAAUGAUUAAAAGUUAUUAAAACGUC